ACCACCGCUGCUCUCUGGCUGAAUCUCCCUGGCUGACGUCAGCUGACUGCCUCGGCUCUCCGCUCCUCCGGACACAGCGCCGCGCAAAAAUGCUGCUCUCUGUGCCGCCAAGGACAGGAUUCAACCCGUACAACGGCUACACCGGCAAACACAUCAAGAAGACGUAUGUCUCCCCCUCCAACCAUCAGAUGGCUCCUCCAAGCCCCAACAACAUCAACAAUAGCAACACCACCACCACCUCCAUCAGCAAUGGCAGCAGCAGCAGCAGUGGGGGAGAGCAGCUGAGCAAAACCAACUUGUACAUCCGUGGCCUCCACCCAGGAACCACAGACCAGGAUCUGGUCAAACUCUGUCUGCCGUACGGGAAAAUUGUAUCCACCAAGGCCAUCCUGGACAAGACCACCAACAAGUGCAAAGGCUAUGGCUUUGUUGACUUUGACAGUCCGUCCUCAGCUCAGAAGGCAGUGACAGCGCUGAAGGCGGGUGGAGUGCAGGCUCAGAUGGCCAAGCAACAGGAGCAGGACCCCACCAACUUAUACAUCUCCAAUCUGCCGAUGUCCAUGGACGAGCAGGAGCUGGAGAGCAUGCUGAAGCCCUUCAGCCAGGCCAUUUCCACUCGCAUCCUCCGUGACGCCAACGGAACCAGCCGAGGCGUGGGCUUUGCCAGGAUGGAGUCAACCGAGAAAUGUGAAGCCAUCAUCCAACAUUUUAAUGGGAAAUAUAUCAAGACUCCACCUGGAGUUCCAGUGCCACCAGAGCCCCUGUUGUGUAAAUUUGCUGAUGGAGGCCAGAAAAAGCGUCAGAGCCAAGGAAAAUAUCUGCAGAACGGCCGGCCCUGGACGAGAGAUGGGGAGAGUGGAGGAAUGACCCUUACCUAUGACCCCACCACAGCCUUACAGAAUGGGUUCUACUCCUCUCCAUACAGCAUUGGCCCAAACCGGAUGAUGGGGCCGACCUCCCUCUCCCCGUACAUGCAUUCCCCUAUGUCCACCUACCAGGUACACAACCCAUCCUGGUUACAUCAUCAGUCAUACAUCAUGCCGCCCACAGGAGCAGUCUUGACGCCAGGAAUGGACCACACCAUGUCCAUCCAGCCGACCUCCAUGAUGGGGCCCCUGACGCAGCAGCUCAGCCACCUCUCCAUGGGCAGCAGUGGCACAUACAUGCCUGCAAACACAUCUAUGCAGGGGACCUACAUCCCCCAGUACACCCAAGUGCCUGCCACCAACAUGUCAGUUGAGGAAAGUGCCGUCCAACCACCUGUUGCCAUAGAGACACCCACAGAACACACCACCUACACCUACCAGCAUAACAAGUGAAGAGAUCUUCCUCUGGAGCCGGAGUGACUCUCAAAGCGUUGAAACGCGAAACGGUCGACCGUGCUCGUAAAGGCACCGGACACUCGGGAGGAACGCGGACUGUUACACAGAAAGGACAAAAAAAAAAAAAAAAAAGAUAUUUUCUACAAACUCAUGUUUUACAAUAAACUCUUUUACUCCAACAACCAAGGCUGGAGGAUGGCAGGCAAA